AUGUGUCUCCAGCACCGGGAGCAGGCGAGGCUUGACGGAGCCUCUGCACUCAACCAGCGCUGUCUUCCCCGGACUAAUCGGCUUGGAGCUGUAGCUGAGGGAGGCACCCCGCUUCAAGCUCUUUCCCGCCUGAACCACGGGAGAUCUCUGGCGGUGACUUUAGCGUCGGGACAGUUCGAGUUGGAGAUCUUAUCCAUGCAAAAUGUGAAUGGUGAACUGCAAAAUGGAAAUUGCUGUGAUGGCACCCGAAACCCAGGAGACAGAAAAUGCACCAGAGACGAGUGUGAUACCUAUUUUAAAGUUUGUCUGAAGGAGUAUCAAUCGCGGGUCACUGCUGGCGGUCCUUGCAGCUUCGGAUCCAAAUCCACUCCUGUCAUCGGAGGAAAUACCUUCAAUUUAAAGUACAACCGGAAUAAUGAAAAGAACCGGAUUGUUAUCCCUUUCAGCUUCGCCUGGCCGAGAUCCUACACAUUGCUUGUUGAGGCAUGGGAUUACAAUGAUAACUCUACUAAUCCCGAUCGCAUUAUUGAGAAGGCAUCCCACUCUGGCAUGAUCAAUCCAAGCCGCCAGUGGCAGACUUUGAAACAUAAUGCAGGAGUUGCCCACUUUGAGUAUCAAAUCCGUGUGACUUGUGCAGAACAUUACUAUGGCUUUGGCUGCAACAAGUUUUGUCGACCAAGAGAUGACUUCUUCACUCACCAUACCUGUGACCAGAAUGGCAACAAAACCUGCUUGGAAGGCUGGAUGGGACCAGAAUGCAACAAAGCUAUUUGUCGUCAGGGAUGUAGCCCCAAGCAUGGUUCUUGCACAAUUCCAGGAGAGUGCAGGUGUCAGUAUGGAUGGCAAGGCCAGUACUGUGAUAAGUGCAUUCCACACCCAGGAUGUGUCCAUGGCACUUGCAUUGAACCAUGGCAGUGCCUCUGUGAAACCAACUGGGGUGGUCAGCUCUGUGACAAAGAUCUGAACUACUGCGGAACCCACCCACCCUGUUUGAACGGUGGUACCUGCAGCAACACUGGCCCUGAUAAAUACCAAUGUUCCUGCCCUGAGGGCUACUCAGGACAGAACUGUGAAAUUGCGGAGCACGCCUGCCUCUCUGAUCCUUGCCACAAUGGGGGAAGCUGCUUAGAGACGUCUAUGGGAUUUGAAUGUGUGUGUGCACCUGGCUGGGCUGGACCAACUUGCACUGAUAAUAUUGACGAUUGUUCUCCAAAUCCCUGCGGUCAUGGAGGAACUUGCCAAGAUCUAGUUGAUGGAUUUAAGUGUAUUUGCCCACCUCAGUGGACUGGCAAAACGUGUCAGCUAGAUGCGAAUGAAUGUGAGGGCAAACCUUGUGUCAAUGCCAACUCCUGCAGGAACCUGAUUGGCAGCUACUAUUGUGACUGCAUUACUGGCUGGUCUGGCCACAACUGUGAUAUAAAUAUUAACGACUGUCGUGGACAAUGUCAGAAUGGAGGAUCCUGUCGGGACUUGGUUAAUGGUUAUCGGUGUAUCUGUUCACCUGGCUAUGCAGGAGAUCACUGUGAGAAAGACAUCAAUGAAUGUGCAAGUAACCCUUGCAUGAAUGGGGGUCAUUGCCAGGAUGAAAUCAAUGGAUUCCAAUGUCUGUGUCCCGCUGGUUUCUCAGGAAACCUCUGUCAGCUGGACAUAGAUUAUUGCGAGCCAAAUCCUUGCCAGAAUGGUGCCCAGUGCUUCAAUCUUGCUAUGGACUAUUUCUGUAACUGCCCUGAAGAUUACGAAGGGAAGAACUGCUCCCACCUGAAAGAUCACUGCCGCACAACUCCUUGUGAAGUGAUUGACAGCUGUACCGUGGCAGUAGCUUCUAACAGCACGCCGGAAGGCGUUCGUUACAUUUCUUCAAAUGUCUGCGGUCCUCACGGAAAAUGCAAGAGCCAAGCGGGUGGAAAAUUCACCUGUGAAUGCAACAAAGGAUUCACUGGCACCUACUGUCACGAGAAUAUUAAUGACUGCGAGAGCAACCCCUGUAAAAAUGGUGGCACUUGUAUCGAUGGCAUCAACUCCUACAAAUGUAUUUGUAGCGACGGAUGGGAAGGAACAUAUUGUGAAACAAAUAUUAACGACUGCAGUAAAAACCCUUGCCACAAUGGAGGAACUUGCCGAGACUUGGUCAACGACUUCUUCUGUGAAUGUAAAAAUGGGUGGAAAGGAAAAACGUGCCACUCCCGUGACAGCCAGUGCGAUGAGGCAACGUGCAACAACGGAGGAACGUGUUACGACGAGGGGGACACUUUCAAGUGCAUGUGUCCCGCAGGAUGGGAAGGAGCCACUUGUAAUAUAGCAAGGAACAGCAGCUGCCUGCCAAACCCCUGUCAUAACGGUGGUACCUGCGUAGUCAGCGGGGAUUCUUUCACUUGCGUCUGCAAGGAGGGCUGGGAAGGACCCACGUGCACUCAGAACACAAACGACUGCAGUCCUCAUCCUUGUUACAAUAGUGGCACUUGCGUGGAUGGAGACAACUGGUACCGCUGCGAAUGUGCUCCGGGCUUCGCAGGUCCUGACUGCAGGAUCAAUAUCAACGAAUGCCAGUCUUCACCCUGUGCCUUUGGAGCUACGUGUGUAGAUGAAAUUAACGGGUACCGUUGCAUUUGCCCACCGGGUCGUAGUGGUCCAGGAUGCCAAGAAGUUACAGGAAGGCCUUGCGUUACCAGUGUUCGAGUAAUGCCAGAUGGGGCUAAGUGGGAUGAUGACUGUAAUACCUGUCAGUGUUUGAACGGAAAAGUCACCUGUUCUAAGGUUUGGUGUGGUCCUCGACCUUGUGUCAUACAUGCCAAAGGUCAUAACGAGUGCCCGGCUGGACACGCCUGUGUUCCUGUUAAAGAAGACCGCUGUUUCACUCACCCCUGCGCUGCAGUGGGUGAAUGUUGGCCUUCGAAUCAACAGCCCGUGAAGACCAAAUGCAAUUCUGAUUCUUACUACCAAGACAACUGUGCCAACAUCACCUUCACCUUUAAUAAAGAAAUGAUGGCACCAGGACUUACCACAGAGCACAUUUGCAGUGAAUUGAGGAAUCUGAAUAUUCUGAAGAAUGUUUCUGUUGAAUAUUCCAUCUACGUUACCUGUGAGCCUUCACACUUGGCAAAUAAUGAAAUACAUGUUGCUAUUUCUGCAGAAGAUAUAGGGGAAGAUGAAAACCCAAUCAAAGACAUCACGGAUAAGAUUAUUGACCUCGUCAGUAAGCGCGACGGUAACAACACGCUAAUUGCUGCAGUCGCGGAAGUCAGAGUACAGCGGCGACCGGUUAAAAACAAAACAGACUUCUUGGUGCCGUUGCUGAGCUCGGUCCUAACAGUGGCCUGGAUCUGUUGCCUGGUAACUGUCUUUUACUGGUGCAUUCGAAAGCGCCGCAAGCAGAGCAGCCAUACUCACACGGCCUCUGACGACAACACCACCAACAACGUGAGGGAGCAGCUGAACCAGAUAAAAAACCCCAUUGAGAAACACGCGGCCAAUACUGUCCCCAUUAAAGACUACGAAAACAAAAACUCUAAAAUCGCCAAAAUAAGGACACACAAUUCCGAGGUGGAGGAGGACGACAUGGACAAGCACCAGCAGAAGGCCCGAUUCGCCAAGCAGCCGGCGUACACUUUGGUAGACAGAGACGAAAAGCCCCCCAACAGCACACCUUCCAAACACCCGAACUGGACAAACAAACAAGACAACAGAGACUUGGAAAGCGCACAAAGCCUAAAUCGAAUGGAGUACAUCGUAUAGCAGACAGCGGGGUGCUGCCGUGCAGGGCCUUUCAAUGUCACUGUAAAGGCACUCGAGAGCUUGUAGUUCUUAAACUGUUGUGUAAUAUUUGAGUCUGAGGCUAUUAUUUACUUAGAAUCCCUGUGUUAAUUUAAGUUUUGACAAGCUGGCUUACACUGGCAAUGAUAGUUGCUGUGGUUGGCUGGGAUACCAAGUGCUGCAUUUCACAUCUAUGCAAAACUAGUCAAAAGUGCCCUCGCGUCAAGUCAGCUCUAGCUGAUACAUCACGGAAA